AUGGCUGCCUCCAAGUUCGUCACCGCCGCAUCGUUAACCCACUGCCGCCCCUUCACCUGCGCCGCCGCUGCAGCCUCUCCCUACGGUUCGCGUCUCGCCCCUCACCCUCCAGACCUCAUCAAGUGGGUCAAGCGUGAAGGUGGAUUCGUCCACCAGGCCGUCAAAAUAUCGCACGACGCUACCGGAUUCGGCCUCUUCGCCUCCCAGCCAAUCCCUAAAGGCUCCCAGCUCAUUGCUCUUCCCGAUCACAUUCCUCUGAAAUUCGCCAGCGGCGGCGAUGGAGCGGCUCCUUCCGUUUUGGCCAAUUUGGCUCGUCAUGUCCCCGAGGAGCUAUGGGCAAUGAAAUUGGGGUUGAAGCUUCUCCAGGAACGAAGCCAGGUCGGAUCUUUCUGGUGGCCGUACAUCAGCAAUCUCCCCGAAGCAUACAGCGUGCCCAUCUUCUUCCCCGGGGAGGACAUUAAGAAUCUUCAGUACGCACCUCUGCUUCACCAGGUGAACAAAAGAUGCCGGUUUCUUCUUGAAUUUGAGCAAUUGGUGAAGCAUGUUCUCAGCAAUGUGGAGACAAGCAGCAGCGAUCACCCUUUUGGGGGGCAAGCCGUCGAUGCAUCGUCUCUCGGAUGGGCAAUGUCUGCCGUCUCGUCGAGGGCAUUCCGCUUGCACGGAGGUGGAAGCCAUGGUGAUAUUGAUAUCCCCAUGAUGCUACCGCUGAUUGAUAUGUGCAACCAUAGCUUCAAUCCGAAUGCACGAAUUGUUCAGGAGCAAGGGGGAAAUGAUGAUAUGCUGAUAAAUGUGGUUGCAGAGACUGCAAUUGAAGAGGACGAUCCCUUGGUGAUCAACUAUGGUUGCUUGAACAAUGAUCUUUUCUUGCUGGACUAUGGAUUCGUGGUGCCUUCGAAUCCGUAUGACUGCAUCGAGCUCAGAUUCGAUGGCGCGCUUCUGGAUGCUGCGAGUACAGCUGCUGGGGUUUCUUCUCCAAGUUUCUCAUCGCCUGCUCCUUGGCAGAAAGAGAUCUUAUCCCAGCUGAAGUUGGAUGGAGAAGCUCCUGUUCUCAAGGUAACAAUUGGUGGGCAGGAGCCCGUGGAGGGGCGAUUGUUGGCAGCUGUUAGAGUGAUGCUGACGAGCGACAGGGAAAUGGUGGAGAAACAUGAUUUGAGCACACUGAUGUCCCUGUCAUCUGAUUCUGAUGCACCUCUUGGUACCGCAACUGAAGUGGCGGCUCUUCGUACCGUGCUUGCUCUGUGUGUGAUUGCACUCGGACACUUCCCCACCCAAAUGAUGGAGGAUGAAUCCUUGCUGAAGAAGGGUGUCUCGUCGGCGACAAGUGAACUGGCCAUCCAGUUCAGAAUCCAGAAGAAGGCUCUUAUUAUAGAUGUGAUGAGAGAUCUAACGAAGAGGGUGCAGCUGCUGUCGUCCAAGUCCAAGGACAUGGCUAGUCCUCCCCAGGGAUGA